UUAAUAUCUGAAAUAUCAGUUGCUGGUUAUUGUAGCAUAAUAAAUACUUGGAAUAUUGCUUUUUUUUUUUACUAUAUAAUAAAGCUUUGAUUCAAUUCAGCAAUUUAUCAAUCAUUGACAGUACAGGAACUAUGCUACACGAAUAUACAAAGAUAAAAAUUCCCUGUCUUCUCAAAUAUCAUCAAUCAAUAAACUUUUAUUUAGUGCCUACUAUGUAUUAGGCACUAGAGAUACAAAAAAAAAGUUAGGAACUUACACUAAUGGGAGACACAACAUGUGAACAAUAUAUACAAAGGAAGCAAUAUACAGGAGAACUAGGAAAAACUUAAUAGAUAGAAGGCUUAGCUGGGCAAUGUGAUAAGGCCUGUAAGGAUUCAGAGAAAUGAUUGUUGAGUUGAAUUGAUUCGCCAACCAGCCAAGUAGAGGAGAAAAGGAAGAAGUGGCUAAUACAGAGGAGAUGGCCUGGUACAGUAUGGAAUGGUCAAGUGAUCUUAAGUCCCAGUGCAGAGGAAAAGUAGGGGUUUGUAAGAGAAGGCAGAAAGAAAGAUGAAAAAACCAAUAGGUUCGGGUUGGAUAGAAGGAUUUUAGGAUUCUUGCACACUGCGGAGAAGGUACGUUUGUAAGUGAUGGCAAGAGAAUGACCAUCUUUGUGUGUGGCUGGGGUUGCCCAUAGGAGUAGCUCAUGGGGAAGGAGAGAAUUCGACAGCUGUGGGUUAGGGUCUUUGAAGAAGAAUCCAUGUGAAUGCUGAAGUCAUCAGGUCAGCUCCAGAAGCUAAUGAGGGGCUGCCUUGUUUGGUACAGGCACUUCAUAUUUGCUGAAAGAAUAGAAUACAGCUUUAAAAGGUGGGAGCGUGUGAAGUUUCUGCUGCUAGAGGAGAUACCCCAAAAGCAAUUUCUCUCUCAUUAUCAAUCAAUCGAGUCCCCUAUUUAUUUUAUUAGUCACCUAUAUGUGCCAGGCACUGGAGAUUUACGAGUACCAUGAGGCUAGUUUAGUGGUGCAAUCUGUGGCCAGGCAGAGCCCAGGCCUUCUCGGUCCCACGGAUGGUCAUUGCUGCACAUGGUUCUGCACAGAGAUCUGUACCCCCAGGAAAAGAGGAUCUAACUCUUUUACAAGGGGCUGGGUGGGAAAGGGGGGACUAGGAAACGCUGCAGCGCAGCAGAGCUCGCUGGAGAGCUGGCCCAGACUCUACUUUAUACCGCUGCAGGGGUUACCCGAGGAUAAGGGCAGCAGGCCUGGCUCAGGACCGUUCCGGGAUCAGGAUGCGCUGCGUGCGCUCGGGGUCCCCAGGCUGCAGCGGCCCGCGUGCGUGGAGGAGACCCCGGCGGGGGGCGAGAGAAUGCAGCCUGGGCCAGUGACUAGGACGACCGCCAAAGGAUGAGGAUUAGACUCGGCUCUAUGGGCGUCUCCGGGUGGAGAUCUCGGCGCUAAGAAGAUGCCGGCCACGCCCCCACUCCGCCAGUCGUUUCCUCGCCUCCUCCUCCAUCUUUCCCUCCCUUCCUCUGGGGCUCCCUUCUUCACUCUCUCGCGCCGCGGCGGCUUUCAUUGGUGCCCGAAUCGCGGUGACGCAGCCGCUGGCGGGCCCAGCGGGCUGGCCAGCCCCGGGCAGGAGCGCGGGGGUGGGGUGGAGGAGGAGGGUUGGGGGAGUUGGGCGGGCUGAGCCUGCGCGCGUCUGAUGAAACCCAGCCCCUGGAUUUCCUCCGACCUCCUGUUUCAUUCACUGAAGCGCGGGGGACUAGGGAGGCGGUGCCUGGGCACGCAGAGGUGUAAAGAGAGGGAGCUGGGGAGGAGAGAGUGACACGGGCCACGGCCGGCGCGUACCGCAGCUCCGCUCCGCACCCCAGCAACCGCAGCCCGCACCCGACCAGCAUCCUCCUCAGGACACCAGCCAGGGUCGGCGCACCUUCCUCCCGGCCCCCCGCUUCCCCCCGUGACAGGCCAUAGCGGCCGCCGCUCCAUCCAUCACUCCAGCUUAGUGCCGCAUCCCACCUCCACCCAGACCGGCUCCCGUGACAGCCGCACAUCCCAAUUUGAUCAGUGUCAUGGGGUGCAAAGUAUUCCUCGAUUUUGGACAACAGCUAUUACGGCGAAAAGUUGUGGACUGCAGCCGAGAGCAGAGCCGCCUGUCUCGCUGCCUGAACACUUUUGAUUUGGUGGCUCUCGGCGUAGGCAGCACUCUUGGAGCAGGGGUCUAUGUACUGGCUGGCGCGGUGGCCCGCAAGAAUGCUGGCCCUUCCAUCGUCAUCUCCUUCCUAAUUGCUGCCUUGGCCUCCGUCUUAGCAGGACUGUGCUACGGAGAGUUUGGUGCUAGGGUUCCAAAGACUGGCUCUGCCUACCUCUACAGCUAUGUCACUGUCGGGGAGCUCUGGGCCUUCAUCACCGGCUGGAACUUAAUUCUCUCCUACAUCAUCGGUACCUCAAGUGUAGCAAGAGCAUGGAGUGCAACAUUUGAUGAACUGAUAGGCAAACCUAUUGGGGAUUUCUCCCGAAUGCAUAUGUCUCUGGAUACUCCUGGAUUAGCUGAAUACCCAGACAUAUUUUCUGUGAUUAUUAUUCUGAUUUUAACAGCGCUUUUAACUUUCGGCGUGAAAGAAUCAGCCAUGGUUAACAAAGUUUUCACUUGUAUCAAUGUUCUCGUCCUGGGCUUUGUAAUGGUGUCAGGCUUUGUGAAGGGAUCCAUGAAAAACUGGCAGCUUACCAAAGAAGAUAUAAUGAAUGCUACUGACAAUAUCUGUUUGAACAAUGAAACAUUAAGUGACAGUUCCAUUGGUACUGGCGGUUUUAUGCCCUUUGGAUUUGGUGGUGUCCUAUGUGCAGCCACCUGCUUUUAUGCUUUUGUAGGAUUUGACUGCAUUGCAACCACAGGUGAAGAAGUAAAGAAUCCCCAGAAAGCUAUCCCUGUGGGAAUUGUUGCAUCCCUCUUGAUUUGCUUUGUGGCUUACUUUGGGGUAUCAGCUGCUCUCACACUCAUGAUGCCUUACUUCUGCCUGGAUGUAAAUAGUCCAUUGCCUGAUGCAUUUAAGCAUGUGGGCUGGGAAGGGGCAAAGUAUGCUGUAGCUGUUGGCUCCCUCUGUGCUCUUUCUACCAGUCUUUUAGGUUCUAUGUUUCCCAUGCCUCGAGUCAUUUAUGCAAUGGCUGAAGAUGGACUACUGUUUAAAUUUUUAGCCAAAGUCAAUGAAAGGACCAAAACUCCAAUUAUAGCAACAUUAACUUCUGGUGCCAUUGCUGCUGUGAUGGCCUUUCUUUUUGACCUGAAAGACCUGGUUGACCUGAUGUCCAUUGGAACUCUGCUAGCGUAUUCUUUGGUGGCAGCCUGUGUGCUGGUCUUACGGUACCAACCAGAGCAGCCUAACUUAGUGUACCAGAUGGCCAGAACCACAGAAGAGCUAGACCUUGUGGAUCAGAACGAAGCAGUGAGCACCAGUGAUUCCCAAACGGGAUUUUUGCCAGAAAUGGAAAAAUGUUCUCUCAAAGCCAUAUUAUAUCCAAAGAACUCAGAGCCUUCUAAACUCUCUGGGUUUAUUGUGAAUGUCUCAACCAGUCUUAUAGGGAUUCACAUUAUCAUCUUCUGCAUCAUCACUGUUCUUGCUAAAAAGGAACUCGAGCAGGGGACCACAUGGGUGAUCGUGGUCCUGAUAGCAUCCAUUUUUCUCUGUUUUAUCACCACCAUUCUCAUUUGGAGGCAGCCAGAGAGCAAAACCAAACUCUCAUUUAAGGUGCCCUUCUUACCAUUACUCCCUAUUUUGAGUAUUUUUGUGAAUGUCUACCUUAUGAUGCAGCUGGAUGGCGGUACCUGGCUCCGGUUUGCUGUGUGGAUGUUGAUAGGUUUCCUCAUUUACUUUGGCUACGGUCUGUGGCACAGCGAAGAGGCGGCUGGCUCGGCGAGAACCCCAGACAACGGUUCAGAACACUGCAAAUGAUCCACGUGGCCCUGUCCCACGGCGGGACGGCCGGCCCUUGGGAGAGCAGCGGCUUUCGCCUCCACGACUCAGAAGAAAAACUACAUUGAAGUGCGCCACGUCUCCUCCCCGGCCCCCGCGGACCCCUUCCCAAACUGACCAAAAGGUGCAAUCACUUGGGAGCCGUGGCCUCCCCUUGGAGACCAGCUCCAGGGAAUACGGCCACCCUCCGGUCCGUAGACAAAGUUACGGACUGUUACAGUCAGGAGGCUGCCCACUUUGGUUCCUUCUCUCUUCCCCUCUGAUCAAGUCAAAAGAAAGCCUUUUCCCGCUCCGUAGUUAGGGCGAGCACCGCCCUGCACAGAUUUGACGGCCCUUCGCCCCUUGAGUUGGCACCUUCCUCCUAUUCCAUAUUCGAAUUUGAAAAUGCCCGGCUCUGUAGUUGUAGUUGGGCCUUGGGCUGUAAGCUGUAUACUGAAUUAUAAGCAAUUAUAACCCCUCAGAGAUGGUGAAUCCCAUCAGCCCUUACUUUAGGAGGUAGGCUAGAAAAACUUGGGCAUUUUUUUUCAUGACCCACUUCCCUUCGCCCUGUUUCUUCCAGAAAGAUCUGAAGCCCGCCUGUUCAGUCCUGUUCACCCCCCAGCCCUCCUUUCCACCCCCACUCAUGCUUCCGUCACUGUUGGCUGAAGCCAACAGUCACAGUCCCCACCAUGAGGAUGAUGUUUAACUGGCCGAGAUCUACUUGGGAACGGUCAAAGUGAAAUUACUAAAGGGAAGAUCACCAUCGGGCCUGCUUCUUAUUGACUGGGAUUGGCUUUGGACCGUCCUCUAUGAAUGCUCUUGAAUGGCUUUUGUUGACUCCCUGAAGCAGGGAAAUGUCAAAAGGGAGCCUUAUUUUGAUGUUCUUUGUUGGUCCUGAAUCAUAUUGCUGUUUUCUGUUGGACUCUUUGAUGAAUGUCUUUAGAUUAUUGGGACAUCAGAUUGAAUUUGAGUGCCAGCUUCAAAUUAACACCAUAUUAUUAUUUUGGGGGUGAUGAUGAUACACGACCCAAAUUUUUCUUAAACAUUUUAAGUCCCAGUUAGCUGUAUUGAUUUUUAAGCAUAUUAAGAUUUUGGCUUAAAGAAAUUGACAGCUUCCAUUGAUAAUUUUACCCAAUAUCAAGAUUAAAUCCAAAGAGACAUUAGUGGAGGUCACAAUCCAGCAUGGCCAUGCUCACACUAGAUUGGUAAUUCACCUCUGGAAUCACCUUUUUUUUUUUUUAACUUGGCCUUUGGUCUGUAAUGAAUUAUUGACUAUUGUGGUACCCAAAUUGGGUAUGUCCAUAAAGAUGAACACACUCAUGAACAGACCCAGGUCGGGGGAUGGCCUAAGAAAUGAAUGUUCUAUAGCAUCCUGCAUUAUUGGAGUAUAUAGGGUGGAGUCUAACUUAUACCCAAAUGAUUUGGGUUUCUAUCAGAGCUACAUUGCCUGGAGUUGUGAAUUCAGUUUGUUUCUUCUGUUCCAAGGACUUGGGCUGCAAAAGUGUUGGAUCUAAGAGUCAAAUUGGCUGCUGCAAAACUGGUGUUCCUACUUAGUGUGGGGAGGGAGACCUGAUUCACAUUUAGAGAAGGGAUAUCUCUCUUCCUCCCCCUUUCCCCCCCCUCCCCACUCCCCAUGUCCUGUUUUGUGCUUCUUAUGCCAGAUUUGGAGCUGAUCUUUCCCUUUUCCUAUGCCAGGUAUAGGCUGCUCAAGCAGCACUUAAUCAUCUUUGAUGUAACUUGAAUGCUGAGGAUUAUUUCAGUGUAUUUACCUCAAAGGAGGUAUUUUUUAAAAAGCCAAUAAUUUGUGUUAAUGGGUUAAUGCCAUAGCUGGGCAACAUGGAAAGUAGGAAAAAAAACAAACUUUUUUAUGCUUCAUUUCAAACUUUGCUUUCUGAUAAAAUCUUUAUUUAAAGGUAAGAACUAGACUAGAAUUUUAUCAAUACAGGUAAAUCUUGGAUGAGGACAUUUUCUCUAUCGAUGCAGGUCAAUAGCUCAUCUGAUCCAUAAUGAUUUGCCUACCAUGUGUCCAAGGGAGGACUUGAAUUCUUUCUUCCUGGCUCUGAGAUCAUAUUUUCCAUUCCCCCCCCUCCCCCCCAUUUUAUAAACAGCCAUUUAUAAGGCUAAAUGGGCAGAAAGAUGCCACAAGGGGUCUUGGAUUAUGGAGAGUUGGCCCCCAUUCUUUUAUCUUUGAUGUAUUAGAAAUAUGGCAACCAACAAAAUCCUAUAGUGAUUGUCUUGCCUGGAUAAUGGAUCUGUCCUAUAUUUCUAUAGACAAGUGAAAUAAAAGGGGAAUCCUUCUCUCCUUUCUAUUCCACUGUUUAUAUUGAGAUAAAAUUUGUGACUAUUCUUGGCAAAUUCUAGAUUUCCAAGAGAAAAAAAUUUAAAUUUACAUAGCUCUGGUGCUAUAAAAUAAUUUGAUAAAUAUUUUUUUGUGUUGGCUUUUUAAUAUCUGCUCUUUGGAACUGGUCAAAAGAUUCAUUUUCUUAAAAUUAUGUAUUGAGAAAAUGGAAGCAGUAAGAAGAAAAGGUUUGGGGUAAAAAAUUUCACUUCCAUUUCUCUUUUUGGCAGAAAUUUUACUGAGGGUCCAGUCCUUGUUGACUAUAGUUAGAGUUGACAAUGCACUUCUCUCAUGAAUACCCAUUGUUCUUAUGUUUCAGAGAACGUUUGUCUUAUUUCUCCCCAAAUUUUUCUUGGAGAAUAAGUUCUUUGAGGAUUACUCUUUCUUCCCUUCCCUGUGCCUUAAAGUUUUAGUGAGAAAUAUGCAGGGGUUGAGAGAUAAAGAAGGGGACCCUCAUUACAUCAACCUUCCUUUUCCAUUCAAAAGACUUUUUGUGUAAAUAGACUGUGUUGUCACUGUACAUUUUUUAGAUGAUAUUUUGUGUAGCUUGAGCUUUUUUUCACUGGACAAAGGAAUGAGGAGCUGAGAAGCAUUGGCUUAAUUUGGCCAGGAUUGGGCCUUCUUUUGUCACACUUUCCCAUUGCCCCAAUGUAUAUAUAGUAAGGAGACCAUGAAAACAAUUAUUUAAAAUCCCUUGAAUCUCUUUCCACAGGAAUUUUAGUAUGUAUUGCUUAGUCAUUUUUUUCCUCCCUAAUUUAGAUUUUUGUUAUAGUAGAGAAACUCUGGGGAACAAUAUAUGUGCUUUUAUCUGUGUAUGUAGCCAAUAAUUGCUGUCUUUUGGAAAGACCCAUUUAGAUCGGUAAGCUGCUUCCUUCCUUCCUUGAUUCCCACCCUCAGCCUAUCCCUCUGUGCAUGUUUUACUUUCACUGAGAACAUAAAAUAAUUAAUUUAAAAGACAACAACUAUAUUUUCUUCCCCUUCAGUUACAGAAGAACAGCGUAGAACGAUUAUAUUUCAGAGUCCUGUGGGGCAUGUCUUGGAGAUUGUGCUUGAAGAAGGGGAAUGUUUCAUUCUUUCCUUGGCAUCCCCAGGGGCUACUUACUGUGCUGCAGAGUUGGUGUUUAACAAAAUGUCAGUUGUCUUGAACUUUUCAUGAAUGAUCUUAGCAUUCUUACUAUUUGAUGAUGCUUUGAAGCAAAGCAGAGAAUAAAAGAAUCGGUCUCAUUGUUGGGCACAAGACGAUGCAUCCCGACAAAAAAGGGCCGCAGGGUCUUGGAACCUGAUGCCAAAAUGACAGGUUAGGGUUUUAGGUAUUGCUAGAUGUGUGCAAUAGAUUCACUCUGGAAGAUGAUCUGUUAACUUGCUCCAUGGGAGAGAAGUCUUCCUCACUUGAACACUUUUUUUUUUUUUUUUUGCAUUGGAGCAUCAUUAUUCACAAUCUAUAAAAACACUGCCCAUCUCUUGUCACCAAAGUAAUCUCAAUUUAUUGUGGAGUCAAGGGCAUGGGGCACUGUGAGAGAUUCUUGUCUCUUUAUUUUUUUAGGGCAAGUGGGAGGAGUUGUAGUUAGUAUUUAUGGGCAACAGGAACAGUGCCCUUCAGUCUCCCUGUGCACCUAGGAAGAUAAAAUGACUUGUGUAUAGGUUGUGUAUGUUACUGAUGUAUGUAAGUGAUGUAGAAAUUUGCUACUUAAAAAGUGGAAUAUAAAUAUAUAUUAUAAAUAAAAUUGUUUGCUGCGGGAAAAGGGGCAUUUAGGUAGAAGGCACUUGAUGGGGAGCAGGAAUUGUGCAUUUUACCUGAGUUGUUGCUGGAUUUGUUUUUUAAUUUUUAAAAAUGCUUUAUUGAUCCAAUGGUGCAAGAAACCACCUCUGUAUCUCAUCACUGCAGACAUAAUGCCUAUUGGACUUUGAAGGCAAAAAAAGGUCAACUGAGUUGUUACUAUAAUUCAAGGAUCUUCAGGAGAGAAAUGGUUGAUUACUUAUCUGGGAAUCACAUCAGGAAAAAAAAAAAAAAAAAAGGUAGAAAGCAUUUUUCAUCAAAGUUUUCCUGCCAUGCCUUUGGAUAUUUAAAAGAAGCUACCUCCCUCGUUUCCCAGGAGCUUGGAUUCUCCAUAUUUGAUUUGCUUUCUGUGGAACUGGUAGUUUUGAAACCAGCCAGUCUGGGAAACCAACAAGAUUAAAAGACCUUGCCUGUUAAGUCCAAAUCAGAAUUUCCUCAGGGUAUUAGCACCUGGCUUAGCCACCAGGAAGCAGGGCAAGAGUGAGAAGCUUUCAGACUUAAUCUGAUUUUUCUUCCUUGAUGACAUAUAGAGUUUUAAGUUGAGACUUGUUUUUUCCAGAUGAAAAAUUACUAAUCUGGAUUCAGAGUUAAAAAGUUUCCUGCCUAAGUUGUGCCUUUUAGCUUGAAGAUUUUAAGGAGCACAAAGGAUGACGACAAUGUGAUUGGUUUAUUAUCAAACCUAUAGUAAACAUAUAUGGUCUCUUCAGUAAAUUUUCAUUUUUACUGAGAGGAGCUAUGAAAAGAGUUGUCAAAUUUUAAUUAUAUAUAUUGUAUAUUUUUUUUUGCUUGUUCAAUGUACUAUUUUUCUAAUAACUUCUUAUAAUUGUGAUGAGAUUUUAAUGCUAAUACUAAAUGUAAAUCAAGUUGAUUUCAGCUGCUCUUUAGUUUAUCUAGUCUUUUUUUAAAAAGCUAAGUGUAGCCGUCACCUUUUUUUUAAAAAAUGAAAAUUGGCCCCUCUGAGUACAGACCUUUCACAGUGACAACACUGUAGAUUUAAUCCUCUUCUUACCUAUUCCCUUACUUGUAAAAUCCAAUUCUUGUGGCACAGCAUUAAUGUGGUUUCCCAAUGCUAAUAAAUGAUGGUUGUUGUUUCA